AUGUGCCAGCUGGCGGAUUUUCUGAUAAAAACGGGAAUUCACCUGUACCCGGAACCUUGUAUGGCUUUCGAGUUGAUAUCGCAUUUGCUCCUGGAUUUGACCCGAUAUGGUCAUAUAAUGAAAAUUAUGUUCGUAAUCUUGAUUAUUUUCAUGGGACUUCAGCAUAUGUAUUUGAGGUAAGUAAACUUAAAGCGGUA